UUCACGAUCCCCUGGUAUUUUAGAUGAAGAUACCAUUUUGGUGAUAGACCUGGAGGUGUAUCUAGAAUAAAAGCAAAUGAAUCAUCCUGCCAUUCCUGUCUGAUCCAUCACUGCCUGUCAAAUUUCUAAAAUAUUGAAAAAAAAAGUUAGAGAAAAAUCAAUUUAUAGCCAAAUCUAAGGUGUCAUUUUUUUUGGCGGGAACUGAAGUGUCACUAGUGUCACAGCAUAUUAUGCUGUGCUACUGUAUAGUUACAGAAUGCUGUGCCACAGAACACCGUUCUGUGGCUGUGCCUCCUCACCAUUUAUAAUUUUCGAUUCACAACAUGGCAACACUGAUCAGAAAAUACAAAUACAAAACAAUUACCACUUGAAAUCCACAAAAAAAGAUAACCAAAUUUUUUGUAUCACAUAGUAGAAUUAAUAUUUUCGAACAAUGGAUAUUAUCCAUAUGGGUAAUGUAAUUGAGAUAUUGAGUAUAUGAAUUUGAGUUAACUAUGCCCUUAGAAGAUUCCAAGACACAAAAUGAAACAAAGAUCAGAUUUAGAUCCUCCGCUAAAAUCUUUUACAAUUCUGAUAGCAAAAUAGAGGAUUUGUUAAGAGAUGAAAAACCAGAGAUGUCUUGUGAUGAAUUCGCUAAAAAAGAGUACAUUCCCAGUCUGUGGUCCUUCUUAAAUAUCGAAUUAACAAGGGAUUAUCAGUUGGACAAUGCUGAAGAACGGUUUUCUGCUAGACGAGAAAAAAUAUAUUCCUUUAUGAGAAUUCCUAAGGAAGUUGAACGAUUUAUGCGAUAUGGUCUCAUGCAAUGUGCUGAUUCUUUUUUAUAUGUUUAUACUUUUCUACCUAUUAGGGUUAUCCUGGCCUUGUGGGCUCUAGUAACCAGACCAUUCUCAAAAUGUUUCGGUCUAGGAGACACAAAAAAUAAACGCAUUUUGACACCUGCUGAAAUAUGUGAUCUUUUGAAGGCUGUAAUAAUUAUAGUUUGUAGUGUGAUUAUGUUUUAUGUCGACACAAAUAUGCUGUAUCAUCUGAUUAAGAGCCAGUCUGUCAUCAAGUUAUAUAUGUUCUACAAUAUGUUAGAAAUAGGUGACAGAUUGUUUUCUUCAUUUGGUCAAGACGCUAUUGAUUCAUUGUUUUGGACAGCAACGGAACCCAGAGGAAGAAAGAGGGAGCACUUGGGAACGCUACCCCAUUUAAUUUUUGCAGUUGUUUAUGUCAUUUUGCAUAGUCUCCUGGUUCUUUUCCAGUCAACAACAAUUAAUGUAGCAAUCAACUCCAGGAACAAAGCACUGAUGACAAUAAUGAUGUCUAAUAAUUUUGUCGAGCUGAAAGGUAGUGUAUUCAAGAAAUUCGACAAGAAUAACCUAUUUCAAGUCUCUUGCAGCGACGUCCGAGAGAGGUUUCAUUUAACAAUUCUAUUAUUUAUUGUUAUUCUUCAAACGAUGCGCGAAUACAGUUGGAAAACCGAACGCUUCUGGGUAAUGUUACCAGAUUGCUUCAGCAUACUUCUCGCUGAGAUGUUUGUCGACUGGAUAAAACAUGCUUUCAUAACAAGAUUCAACGAACUGAACUUGGAUGUCUACAGGGACUAUACAACAAGUUUAGCUUAUGACGUUGCACAAACAAGACAAAAACAUGCUUUUUCGGAUCACUCAGAUUUAGUUGCACGUCGUAUGGGAUUCAUUCCACUACCACUUGGGGUGGUCAUCAUAAGGGUCUUCUUACAUUCAGUUAGGGUUGAAGAUUUACCUUCUGUUAUAGUCUGCAUAGUGGCAUAUCUAUUCCUGGUUUCGUUCAAAGUCUUGAUCAGCCUUGUAAUUCUUUCGAAGGCCUGCAGUUGGAUAACACAACAUAAGUUAGAGAAAGCAUCUUUAAACUCUCCCAGCAGCAAUAGAUGCAACAGCCCACUUCUAACAUCUCGAAGUAGGAUAGAUAUGACACCUAGUCCGUUGCAUCCAGUAGUACACCAGCCGAAUUUAUUGAAUAACGGAUUUUCUCCCGUUGAUAAAAAAGUUGGGGAGAAACAGGAUAUCACUACGAGUCCACCAAGUGAUUUAGGACCAGCGGCUAUAUUUGCCAACAGUACUGUCGAUUUGAAAAAUGCCAGCCUCAAUGAAGAGUUAUUGAAAGUCGAAGGAGAGGAAAUUCGAAUAGAACUUGUUAGUGAUGACGUUACACGCAGUUUUCCUAAUAUAAACAGCGAAUUUACAGAAGAUUCUGAAAAAAGUGACAUUAUUGAGGAUAACAUAAAGAGGAGUGAGUCAGAGCCUAAUUUGAAUAAAACGGACAGUGAUAUCAGUCCAAAGUAGCGAAUGUAUUUUCUUAAGUUACUUGUUAUAUUGUUGGGAAAAAAUGUAAAUAUAAAAAUAUAGUUGAUAUCAUGGA